GCCAGAGGGAUUUCAGAGACCCAGAGCGCGAAGGGGCGGGCGGCGGGGCAAUCCGUCUGGGAUGUGAACAGCGUGGAGCGAAGUUAGAGGCGUUCGACGAAAACACAGGAAAUCACUCUCGCGCUCCCGGGCGCGGCGGCCGGCUGGGCCGAAGACUGGGAACCGCGGUCGCGGCCGGAGUGGCCCAGACAGCGCGCGCAGCGCCAGCGCCUGCUCCCGUCGCGUCCUGCGCUCCCCGCCAGCGCGUACCUCUGCGCUGCGGCCGCCCCGGCCAUGGCCCCCCGGCGCCGCGCCAGCCCCGGGGUCGCUGUCGCCUGCGGCUGGAUCCUCACCGUUGUUCUAGGCUUCUGUGUAUCAUUCAAUGUUGAUGUGAAAAAUUCCAUGACUUUCAGCGGCCCAGUGGAAGACAUGUUUGGAUAUACUGUUCAACAAUAUGCAAAUGAAGAAGGAAAAUGGGUGCUUAUUGGUUCUCCUUUAGUUGGCCAACCCAAAAACAGAACUGGAGAUGUCUAUAAGUGUCCAGUUGGAAGAGGCGAACCAUUACCUUGCAUAAAGUUGGAUCUACCAGUUAACACAUCAAUUCCCAAUGUCACAGAAGUAAAAGAAAACAUGACGUUUGGAUCAACUUUAGUCACCAACCCAAACGGAGGGUUUCUGGCAUGUGGGCCCUUAUAUGCCUAUAGAUGUGGACAUUUGCAUUAUACAACUGGCAUCUGUUCUAAUGUCAGCGCCACAUUUCAAGUCAUGAACUCCAUUGCCCCGGUACAAGAGUGCAGCACUCAGCUGGACAUAGUCAUAGUACUGGAUGGUUCCAAUAGCAUUUACCCCUGGCAAAGUGUCACAGCUUUUUUAAAUGACCUUCUUGAAAGAAUGGAUAUUGGUCCUAAACAGACACAGGUAUGUGACUCUGCAUUUUGACUUCUGUUGUUCUAAAGAUAAAAAUUCACAAACUUUAAUGAAACCAAAUAUCCUGAAAAUAAAUUAA